AUGAAUAAAAGAAGAGCUGGAAGGAAGAAAUUCCAUGAGACUCGACAUCCAAUUUACAAAGGAGUGAGACAGAGAAAUGGAAAAUGGGUGUGUGAGAUACGACAACCUAGCAACAAAACUCGUGUUUGGCUUGGAACAUUUUCUCACCCCGACAUGGCAGCUAUAGCUUAUGAUGUUGCUGCUUUAGCUUUCAAAGGUGAAGAUGCUUCCUUAAAUUUCCCUCAUUCAGCUUCCUCAUUGCCGCGUCUUAAUUCACGAACAUCUUCUAUUAGGUCUAUUCAGUUUGCCGCGACAAAAGCUGCUGAAAAACAUUUUUCUUCAUGUCAAGAUUCAGAACCAUUCUUUGCAGAGAUUACAAAGAAUGAUUCUGAAUCCUCCUUGGAGAAGUCUUUUUCUAAAAGCUUUUUCUGGGAUGAGGAGGAGGUUUUCAACAUGCCGGGUUUGAUAAAUAGCAUGGCAGAAGGGUUGUUAAUUACACCACCGGCAUUGCAGAGAGGUUUUAAUUGGGUUGAUGGGGAUACUACCAUGGACUUGUCUCUAUGGGAAAAUUAAUCUUGAUUUUCAUCACUCCAAUUAUUUGUAAACCCUAAACACAUCUUCGAUACACAUUAAUUAAUAAUUAGAGUGGAAAAUUCUAUGAUAUAUAUGUGUUACAAAAUUAAUUAUUAAUAUAUAUA